AUGACUGUGGUGUCUCUGGAGAACCACGACGAGACUGUGGUCGUUACCCCUUUGCUGCAAGAUGCUGCUGAGCUGGAGCCUGCGGACCAGGAGUGCAGUGAGAGGGUGGUCAUCAACAUCUCAGGGCUGCGUUUUGAGACGCAAUUAAAAACACUCGCCCGGUUCCCGACCACCCUUUUGGGAGAUCCGCGUAAAAGGAUUCGUUUCUUUGACCCGCUGAGAAAUGAAUAUUUCUUUGACAGGAACAGGCCCAGCUUUGACGCCGUCCUCUAUUAUUAUCAAUCAGGAGGGCGGCUACGGAGGCCUGUAAGUGUUCCUGUGGAUAUUUUCUUGGAGGAGAUCCGAUUUUACGAAUUUGAUGAGGAAGCCAUAGAGCUUUACCGAGAAGAUGAGGGCCUUUCGAGGGAGGAGGAACGGCCAAUGCCCAAUAACGAGUUUCAGCGCCAGUUUUGGCUCCUAUUCGAGUAUCCGGAGAGUUCAGGACCUGCACGAAUAAUUGCUAUUGUGUCAGUUAUGGUUAUUCUAAUAUCCAUUAUAAUAUUCUGUUUGGAGACUCUACCUGAGUUUAGAGAAGUCCCUGCUGAGCCAGAAAAUCCCGCCAAUGGGAGCGCGAACGGCAACGCGCCCAACCCGUUCACAGAUCCGUUUUUCAUGGUGGAGACACUUUGCAUUGUGUGGUUCUCUUUUGAAUUCACCAUGAGAUUCCUAUCAUGUCCCAGUAAAGCAGCUUUCUUUAAAAACCUCAUGAACCUGAUCGAUGUGGUCGCUAUAGCUCCAUAUUUCAUCACCCUGGGCCUUGAUCUGGCAGAGCAUGAAGGCAGCAGUCAACAGGCAGCUUCUUUGGCCAUCCUGAGGGUGAUCCGUCUGGUCCGAGUUUUCAGGAUUUUCAAGCUUUCCAGACACUCCAAGGGUCUCCAGAUUCUCGGCCAAACUCUCCAUGCGAGCCUGAGGGAGCUUGGGCUCCUCAUAUUCUUCCUGAUUAUUGGAGUUGUUUUAUUCUCAAGCUCCGUUUAUUUCGCGGAAGCAGAAGACCCCGAGACUGUAUUUACGAGUAUUCCUGAUGCUUUUUGGUGGGCUGUAGUGACAAUGACCACUGUUGGAUAUGGGGACAUGUAUCCCUCCACCAUUGGAGGGAAGUUCGUUGGAUCUUUGUGCGCAAUCGCCGGAGUGCUAACCAUAGCUCUACCUGUCCCUGUUAUUGUGUCAAAUUUUAAUUAUUUUUACCACAGGGAGAACGAGGAUGAGGAAAAUGAUCAGUAUGUGCACGUGACCUGUGGACAGCCGCCGGAGCAGGUGCAGCAGCAGCUCCAGCUCACCUUUGAUGAGAGUGACUCAAACAAAAGUAGACAGUCGCUCUCCAAAACUGAGUCCUACAAGGGAAGCGACGACUUGGAAACUUUGACAUAUCCAAACUUAAAACCACGUGAGACAUACACAGGGAAACUGACUGAUGUGUAGAAUCAGCUGUUGGAGACCAUCUUUACUCUUGGUCUGUUUUCUUCCAGUGGACAUAAAGUCAGGCCCCCUCAGGUCGGAUGUUACAGCUGUCUUAUUGGCAUUGGUAUCCAAACAUGAGGCAUCUCACUUAAACAAAAAGGCUCGCACCAAUUUAACUAACAAGAGAAAAUCAUUCCUCGCACUGCUGCAACCUCUUACCUUUUCUUGUGGGGGCUUUAUUGAGAAACAAAAAUGAACGGAUGAGGAGCUGUGCCUGAGUGCGUAAUACAAGGGAGUCAGCAUGUUUGAAAGAUGUGAGAUUCAUGGGACAUAAACAGUAUAGAAGUUUGUAAAGCCAUAAAAUAAAAAUCUUAGUCAUCAAAUUGUUUUUUUAAAUGAAUCCUAGUCUGAAAAUGACAAGCAAAGACAGCUUGUAGUCAAUUCUCAAAGUACCAAAACUUUAAGCAAAGCCAAAGAGAAGAAAUAAACCGUGCGUCAUAGCGCACAUGACGCAACAGGUCCAGCCAAGACCGACACUGACACAUAAACCAAGACAUUCACCUCUCUGACACACAAGAGUUUACCAGACUGGGGGCUGGUAGAGCCCUUCAGUGCGUCUCUAUGUGUACUUGUGGAGACUGGUCGCUGUCAUCCGAGUAUCCUAGCGCUUGUUUAGCACGAGGCACGGUUAAGCAUUACUUUAAGGUACUCUGCAAGCAGUGUGUCACCUCCAUCAUUAGCACUAUAUUUGAUAAAAGUGGCCUGUUAGUCGCUGAAUAGACUUUCCCUGUAGGGUUCCACUUUGUAGAAUAACGAGAUCAGUGCUGUAUGAUUAUAAAUGAGUUUUUCAAACUCGGGGUAGUUUUUGAUUACAGGGAGAUCCUUCCCCUAAAAGCACAAUCUCUUUAAGUGACAUAUUCAUAACUUGAAAUGAGAGAAAAUAUCUCUGCCUUAACUUUCUCUGGAUGCUGUAACAUGCCCUCUGACCACAACAGUAAGAACAAGUAGGCUCUGAGCGCCACUCUGUGGAUGAUAAAUGACCCUGCAGAGAACAACACUCCUGAUUAGGCUCUGCUGUGUGCAAUGGUACCACUUCAGCUUUGCACUGCUGAAGCUGGUCCCACCUGAUUCAAGCUCCUGCUCUUUGACUCAUCCGGAUGUUUAUUAUUGUUUACUGUACGCUCAGAAAAAGCCUCGCUACCUUCUCUCUUAAUUCAGUGAGUUGUGUUUCCUGCU